UUUCUAAGGAAGAAAGAGCUCCACCCCUGGCCACUGCCGCAGCUGCUCCCCAGAUAAAUAAGCAAAGCCUUUUCCCUUGGUAUGCCUUCAGCAUGGAUGCUUUUCAAGGGAUUUUAAAAUUCUUCUUCAACCAGAAAACUGUUAUUGGCUACAGCUUCAUGGCUCUGCUGACCCUGGGGAGUGAGCGUCUCUUUUCGCUGGUGGCUUUUAAGUGUCCCUGCAGCACUGAGAACUUGGUCUAUGGGCUGGUUUUCCUGUUUGCUCCUGCUUGGGUGUUGCUGAUUCUGGGAUUCUUUCUGAACAGCAAGUUUUGGAGGCUCUUCACAGGCUGCUGUGUGAAUCCCAGGAAAAUCUUCGCCAAAGGCCACAGCUGCCGCUUUGCCUAUGUCCUCGGCCAGAUCACUCUGAGUUCAUUGGUGGCUCCGACGAUGUGGCUUUCUGUGGCUCUGCUCAAUGGGACGUUUUAUGAAUGUGCCAUGAGCGGGACCAAAAGUUCCAGACUCCUGGGACUGAUCUGCAAGGGCAAACCCCAAGAGUGCUGGGAUGAACUUCACAAAGUCUCCUGUGGCAAAACCAGCAUGACUCCCGCGGACAACGAAGAAGUGAAGCUGUCCCUUCAAGCCCAGUCUCAGAUUCUAGGUUGGUUCAUCAUUUGUUCGGCAUCUUUCUUCUCUCUGAUCACCACUUGUUGCGCUCGCUGCCGAUCUAAAGUUAGCUACCUUCAGCUGAAUUUUUGGAAGACGUAUGCACAAAAGGAGAAGGAGCAGUUGGAAAAUACAUUCCUGGAGUACGCCAACAAGCUGAGUGAGAGAAACGUGAAAUGCUUUUUUGAAAAAAAGAGGCCAGAUGUCUUCCCCAUGCCCACCUUUGCAGCCUGGGAGGCGGCUUCCAAGCUCCAUUCUUUCCACCAAAGCCAGCAGCAUUACAGCACCCUGCAUAGGGUGGUGGAGGACGGCCUGGACCUUGGCCCUGAGGACGAUGAGACCACAAUGGUGCUUGUGGGUACUGCCCACAGCGUGUAGCGCAUCCACGGCCGCGGACUCGUGGCGUUCAGCGGUACACUCAUUCUGACAUUUUUGCUGCAUCAGUAGUGACCACUCUGUCUCUGUUUUCUCACGGUAUUUCCUUGAGGACAAGAACCCGAAGGGAAGAGAUAUGCAGCUCCCAAGGGCAGGCAGUGGCUGGAUGUGCUGAAACGGAUGCAGUGUGUGUGGUCAAGGAUGGUGAGGAAGGUGCUCUUCCACUGAUGUGACUUAGGGUUCAGUGGCUUCAGGUUCUUCUGUUUUUUUUUUUUUUUUUUUUUUUUUUUUUUUUUUUUUUAAAUAAGUUUUGUUUAUUCCUUUGGGAGAGAAAGAGAGAGCAUGCAUGCAGCGGGGGCGGGGGGCAGAGGGAGAGAGGGAGAAGUAGACUCUCCAUUGAGCGGGGAGCCCAAUGAUGACUCGGGGCUUGAUCCCAGGAUGUGAGGAUCAUGACCUGGGCCAAAGGCAGAUGCUUCAUGGACGGAGCCACCCAGGCAUCUCCAGUGGCUUCAAGUUCUAAGAUUUUAUGUUUUGACAGCGGGACUCAUGCCAGAAGUUUGGCCACUUUAUGUAAAUAUUGGUUGUGGCAUCUGGGGGUAAAAGUGGUAACGUGGGACUAAGUACAAGACUCUUAACAGACAGCCGUAGACAGUGGGAUCUGCGGUGUAGUCAGAGGAAAUCCUUGUCCUGCAAAUCUAUUCUACUGCCUUUCAGGGACAUAUGAAAUUCUACCAUUUGGAAUUCAUUUCCUUGGAAUCUGAAGUCAGCAGUUCUCAAGAAUAACACAUUGAAAGUAUAUGAUGCCUAAAAUUCAGAGCUUUUCACAUGAUUCCACUGUGCACUGAAAGUAUGUUUCUACAGGCAGGGCCGUAUUAUGGCUUUUGGGGGCCCUAGGCACUUCUGCCUUCAUAGACCCCUUUCUACAUUAAAACAUGCACACACAUUUAUGAAUGUGUUAAUAUAAAGACAAGUAUAUUUAUAGUAUAUACUAAAACAUUUUUCAACCCAAAAGUUCAUUUAUUUUCUUCUGAUUUUAAAAGAAAUUAAAAACACUUUCACGAGCCCCUACAAGUAUCAUGGGCCCUAGGCAUAGUACCUGCUAUGACGAAUGGGUCAGUCGGCCCUGACCAGGUGUUUGGGGAAACUGUCAAGGCAGUGCUAGUGUAGAACUGUUCUGCAGUUUUAUGUUUAUCAGAAAUAAUGCAAAUUUUGUGUAUUCUAUUAUGUAAUAUACCCAUGUUAGCUUAAAUAUAGAUGUAUACACAUAUGUAUAGACAUAUACAUAUAUGUAUGGGGGUCCAAGGUUAUAUGUAUAUAUACAUAUAUGUAUAGCUUAAAUCUAUACAUGUUUACUAACAUAUACAUUAGUUUAAAUCUAUACAUAUAUAUGUAUUUAAUAUAAGUAUAUAUUAUAUAUAUGUAUAUGUUUAUAUUUAAGUUCCCCCCAUAUCUCUUAGCAGAACUAAUGUGUAAGGAAGAGACACUAUAUCUUACGCUAUGGCUCACACCUUAUAUCACAAAGAGUCCUGGCCCCCUAGCUGGUGAAUCCGGGGAACAAACCUUUAUGACCAUGGACCUUACCCCCAGUUGAAGAAAAGACCCUAAAGAUAUUAAGACCCAGAAUAUAUCCUUGGGAACUUAGAGCAGGCUCAGGGGUGUGUGUGUGUGUGUGUGUGUGUGUGUGUGUGUGUGUGUGUUUAGGUGGGACAGUGGAAGGUGGAGGAUGGAAAGUAGCAAUCUAUUUGAUAUAUUACUUGGAUUUUAAACAUGGUGUGUGAUUAAUAUUUAACAAGUGGCUCUUUACAAAAUCUCGAUUUGAACUGUUUGCCAAUUUCUAUGGCACAGAUUUAAGUUACCCCCUUGAGAUCACUGAAAGUAGAGUGAGGAAGAGAUGCCAACCACAGGCUCCCUUGAGCCUUUCAAAGAAGCCCAUAAAGCUAGCUUUUUUUUUUUUCCCCAUUUACAUUGAUUCUAACCAACCAACUUCACUGCAUCUUUGGUGCAUCUGGGUUUCACUUUAAUAAAACCUAGCCAUGGUAACACAGCUCAUUGGAUCCAGUGGAAAGAUGGAGUCUCUUAUCCUUCUCCCCUCGAAUCUGGCCUUCCUCAACCAACAGCAUCUGGCAGAGUGAAGCCAGACUGUGCAAGUGUUGCAGCUUGUGCCUUGUCGCUGGCAAUGCUCGGCCUGGCAGAAGCCAGCCGCCAUCCAAGAAGUCCAAUUACCCUGAAAGCUCCAAGUUCUGAAGAAGGCCAAACUAACCAGGAAAGCGAGACAGAGAGAGAGAGGAGCCUGGUCAGCCCAGCUGUCCCAGUCAUUCUAGCUUAGAUGCCAGAUGCAUCAGUGAAGAAGUCAUCCCAGCCAGCCUCAGUAGACAUGACCUAGAGAAGAACCAGAGAACCCAACCAACAUCCAGAACAAAGAUCACAGGUCUUUGGUCCUAAUGGAGCCCUUCCAGCCAUCCAGACUUUUGAGCUGCUCCUUUGGAGGCUGCAGACAUUGCAGGGCACUGCCUUUGUGUCUUGCCUAAAUCCCUGAUGCAGGAAAUUGUGAGCUCAAAUAAAUGUUGGUUGUUUUAAACCACCAAAUUUGGGGACACCAGGAAUCAAUAGAUAGCCUAAACCUAAUUCAGGAAAAUCAGAAUUUAUUAAGGGAGAGAAAGUGGAGGCAAAUCAAAAUUAGACAUAGAUUUAUACAAAGAUUCUCUUCAUGCAUAAGCUUUUCCCUAAUUUGUUCAUCUAGGUUCCAUUUAACAGUAUAUCCUCAAUGGCACAAUUUAACAGACCCCAGAUAGGUGUCUCUCCAAAACUGUUCCACCAAAGCCUGAGAUUAAUUUCUAGUUACUUCUGGCUAAAUUUGUUGUGAGAGGAACACACUUCUGUGGGUUAAAUUCUGUUUCAAAUAAACAUACCACUGAGAGAAGUAA